AUGAAAAUAAACUACGAACAAACCUUGGGCACUUCUAAGCCACAGGCAAUCGCACAAUUUCGGCAGUUAGAAAAACGAUUGGCCAAACAGGAAACAUUUUCUACGUCAUACAAGAAGUUUAUUGACGAAUAUCUACAACUCGGCCACAUGAAGCCAUGCACUGAACACCAUAAGCCAAGCUACUUCUUACCUCAUCACGGCGUACAAAAGCUGGACUCAACAACUACAAAAUUGCGCGUAGUCUUUAAUGCCUCUGCCAAGACAAGUACAGGACAAAGCUUGAACGAUCUCAUGGAGUGCGGGCCUAACCUCCAACAAGACCUACAAUCUAUGAUUCUACGUUGGCGAGCCUUUCAAUACGUCUACACUGCAGACAUUGAGAAGUUUUACCGUCAAGUACUGAUACACGAUGAAGAUCAACACCUGCAAAAAAUUGUAUGGCGUGACUCUGCUACAGAUCUCAUCAAAGAAUACCAACUGUGCACUGUAACAUAUGGUACCAAAGCUGCACCAUUUUUGGCAAUGCGCACCAUAAUACAACUCGUAAUGGACGAUGGACACCGCUAUCCUCUCGCGGCAGAGAUCCUUACUCACCAGCUGUAUGUGGAUGACCUACUUGGUGGCAGCAACGACAUGUUAGAAGCACAAGACGCUCAAAACCAAUUGAUUGACCUGUUAAAAGGCGGUGGGUUCAAUCUUCGCAAAUGGGCUAGUAACCACCCCAGAUUGCUUCAAACUUUACCUGAACAUCUCAUAAGCCAGAAUAUGUUUGACUUCAAGGACGCAGAGAGUAACAAAACACUCGGCUUAACCUGGAAUCCGCACACUGAUCAGUUUACAUUCAAGGCGCCACUUAGUAACACACGUGACGUCACAACGAAGCGGACAUUGCUCUCUGAUCUAUCAAAAUUAUAUGACCCACUUGGUUGGCUGUCUCCGGUAACAAUGAAGGCAAAACUCAUAUUUCAACAAGCUUGGCUUGCUUCAACAAAUUGGGAUGAACCUCUUCCGGAAGACAUACAACAAGAGUGGACAACCUUUCAACAAGAAUUGCCCACUAUCAAUACCAUCGCUUUACAACGCUGGAUUGGUAACACUAAACAACCCAUCGAGUUACACGGAUUCAGUGACGCCUCCGAGAAAGCCUACGGCUGCGUUAUCUACUGUAAAUCUAUUAGUGAAGAAGGGCAACAAAUUAUCACGCUGGUGGCGGGAAAAACUAAGCUCGCACCAUUAAGAAAACCCCCGUCUUUACCACGGCUUGAACUAUGCGGUGCCCUACUACUGUCUCGACUUAUGAAAAAGGUCAUAGAGUCAAUAAACUCACAGAUUGUAACAAUACAUGGUUGGACAGAUUCUAUGAUCGUGAUGGGUUGGCUACAAGGGGGGCCUUCAAGAUGGACUACAUUUGUGGCUAAUCGCGUAACACAGAUCACUGUCAUCAUGCCAUCGGGAUGCUGGAGGCACGUCAAGUCUGAAUAUAACCCAGCAGAUUGUGCCAGCAGAGGCCUAACUCCACUACAACUGGCGAAUCAUCAUUUAUGGUGGGGACCUAUUUGGCUAAAAGACAACGAUCUCCCACUUCAAGACCAAUUCCACACAACUGUUGAAGAGAAAAAGGUCAAACAAGUUUGCGUGUCACAAAGGUCGAUGCCAUUAAUCGGAGAACUUUUAAACAAACACAGCUGUAUGGCACGCGUAACUCGAAUCCUAAGUUGGAUACUUCGGUUCAUAAACAAUGCACGUGACGUCAACAAUGCCAUGCGGUCAUCGUACUUAGCAACGAGUGACCUGCAGAACGCACAUAAUGCAAUUAUCAAGGCUAUACAAACUAAUCAUUUCGCCGACGACAUUGCACAACUCAAUAAACAUCAUAAAGUGCGAAUAACAAGCAGCAUUUUAAACUUAAAUCCAUUCCUGGACAAACACGAAAUCUUACGUGUAGGAGGACGUCUGGAAAAUGCCAACUUAAGUCAAGAACAAAAACAUCCAAUUAUCUUACCUUACAAUGACAGGUUAACGGAGUUACUGAUCGACCAAGCGCACAAGAGGACCCUGCAUGGUGGGGCCAGACUAACUCUAUCAUAUCUACGCAACAGAUAUUGGAUUAUCAGCGGUUUGAGAGCAGUGAAAAAACGACUUAUACGGUGCAUCACGUGUCAUCGCUUCAAAACUAUCAACAACAACCAACUUAUGGGUGAUUUACCUCCUCCACGCGUCACACCAUCAAGGCCUUUCACACACACCGGUGUAGAUUUCACUGGGCAUGUGGAGGUAAAGGCUAACAAGGGCAGAGGAAUAAAGACAAUGAAGGCCUACGUAGCUGUAUUUGUGUGUCUGUGCACAAAAGCUCUUCACCUCGAACUUGUCUCCGAUCUCAGCACAGUGGCUUUUCUGAACGCCUUGAAACGAAUGUGUGCCCGCCGAGGAAAGCCCCGUCACAUCUACAGCGACAACGGCACCAACUUCGUGGGCGCAGCAAGAGCAUUGGAAAAACAACGAAAGGAGGCAUUACAAUGCUACAUAAACAAUGACGUCAUAACUAACAUGUCAGAGUGGGGCAUUGAAUGGCAUUUUAACGCCCCUUCCUGGCCUACUGCUGGUGGACUCUACGAAGCUGCAGUAAAAAGCCUGAAACAUCACCUCAAACGAGUACUUGGGGAUCAAAAACUUACGUUCGAGGAAUUUUCUACACUGUUGGCGCAGAUUGAAGGAUGUCUCAACUCUCGCCCCCCUGGUGGCGUUGUCAGAGAAUAUCGAAGACCUUGA